AAGAUCAUUAAAUAUAAAUUAAAACAAACAAAGCCCACACGAACACUUGUUUAAAAUUGUUUGGUUUUGUUUGUCUGCCUUUAAAGUGACGAUUGCGCGUUUACAAAAAGAAAAAAGGAAAAAAAAGAAAGAAUUUAAUGCUUCUUAUAAGCGUACUCGUAAGGCAGAGGGAUGAAAAUAUUGUUGUAAGGAGGAGAGGAUAGAUAUACGAGAAGAAAGUGGAAAAUUCUGCGUAGAGCAAACCGGUCACAACACAUAGAAAAACCGUGAAGAAAAUACUAUAUACAAACAAGAAUUUUUCAACGCAAAAAAAACUGUAUAAAGAAAAUGUCGUUAGGAAGAAAAACGCUGAGUAGUAUGAAAUUUAAAUAAAAAGUUGUUAAAAGAAAGUUGAAAGUAUAGUUAACAACCUUGCGUUGUUUAAAAACGAAUAAACAAAAAAAAAAGGAAAAAUUAAGUUAUUAAGAGUCGGGUGAGGUUUUAUAAGAUUCCCGAUUGCUUAAGUAAACAGUGAAAAGUAUGGAAAAUUUGGAAGAAAAAUUCAUUUGUGAAAAUUCACACUGAAGAGAAACGUUGAAGGAAAAAAAAAAAAAUAUAUAUAAUAUGAACCGGCUAUCCAAAGUGCCAAAUUUAUUUUUUACUUUACAAAGUAUGUGUAUACACAUAUAUAAAUAAGGAUAUAUACGCUACCUCCACAGUAAAUCGUUAUGUCCAUUUUUCCCGUAAAGACUUUUUUAAAGAUUGAUGAAAGGAAGCCGAAUAUGUGAUAUAAGCCGGAAAAGCAUUAAUUUUAAUUUGUCAUCUUCUCGGUAAAGGAAACGGAAAACACUAGAAAAAAGAAGGCGUACCUCGCCUAUAAAAAACGUGGACCAAUCCAAGAUAGAUAAUUAGCGAAUAGAUUGCCAAUGUCGAAUAACGGCUUAAAUAACGCCACAAAUGGGCGCAAUAGUGCCAAUAAUAAUAGCAGUAACAAUAGUCAAAAGCCACAAAAUAGUAAAAGUGCCAGUGCAACAACCGUACAACAUCAUCCUCAUCACCAUCUCGGCUCGAUUAAUACAAAUGUUAACGCACACAACACCAAGUCAAUUAAUUUAAAAGGUGUAGAUGGAAAAACUAAACCGAUUAUAACAACACUGCCCGACAAAACGAAACAGCACACGACAGCAACGGCCAUAACUCAGAAUCAUUCACCAGCUGUAACCAGUACAACAACAACAACAACAGCAACAACAACAACGACAACGCAAUACAGGACCAAUAGCAAUAUUAAUCAAAUUCUUAAAAAUGUUAAUACAACAGCAAUCGCACCUACAUUCUCCAGUGGCAGUGGUAACGUAGCGAGAGGAAAUACUAUUAAUAAAAUUGCAGUACACCGACGUGAUACCUCCAGUGUAAAUGGGCAGGCAGGACAGCAAAAUUUACAACAAAGCCUUCGUGAUCCCAAUAGAUAUCGUUACGUUAAGCCGCAGACUUUUUUGACAAGUGUCCAGGCGUUGGAAAGUAGUAUAAAUGAUGUGGUUGAUAAAGUGGGAGAGACUGGAAGACUAAACAAUGACUCACACACCUUGGUUUAUUAUGAGGAUAAUUUAAUAUCUGGCAGUUUGGAGGCUUUAAUUGAGCAUAUGGUGCCUACACACGACUACUAUCCCGACAAAAUCUAUAUUUUCUCAUUUUUGCUAAGUGCCAGAUUAUUCAUAAGACCCCACGAGUUGCUAGCGAAAAUAUCACAAACUUGGGAGAGACAACAGCAGCAGCAGCAACAACAAUCCAAUGCGGUAACUUGUGCACUAAUUAGUAGCGAUCAGGUUGAUGAUGCGGGACAUUUCAGUUACAUGUCUCUCUCAAACAAUUCGGCGUCGCCGCUAAGUCAACACAAAUCUGACCGCAACGAAAAACAAUUAUUGUCGCCGUCACCUCCACCACCAUUACCACAACAACACCAACAGCAACAACAACAACAUCAAAAGCAACAACAACAACAACGAACCCACACCCAAAAAUCUGCACAAAAUUGCAUACGUUUACUAGCCGAAUGGAUAGAAACAUUUCCAUAUGAUUUUCGCGAUGAACGCUUAAUGCAACAGGUACGCAUUCUAACGCGCAAAUGUGUAUAUAUAGACAAUUCAUUGGGCAAGCAGGUAUCACGUAUUUUGCAAUUGCUGGUACAACGCCUAACUGCUUUGGAAAAAUAUGAAGAAUUUCUACAAACACUAUUGCAAAGUGAUUUUAAUAAUGCGACAUCAAGCCAGCAGUCAUCGCAUUAUAGUACUUCCGCUUCGGCUUCAUAUAAUAGUUCAUCAGGUAUUAACGCACAUAACUCACUUAGUAAAGCGGCGGUUCAUGUUCUGAAUAGCCAUCAUCAUCAACAAAUGCCACAUCAUCAACAUUAUUAUGAUGGUCAUCAGAAAGCCGUAUACCUGGCCCAUUCUCAUUUGGCUAAUCUCUCUUCAUCAACAAAUCCUGCUUCUUAUGCAAACUCUUCCUUCACUUCGUCCGCUUCUAGUGCUGGCGUUUCCUCAACAGAUUCCACAAAUAGUCAUGACGUUUUCGGUAUUAUGGAUUUGUGUUCAAGUUGCGCUCAGUUGGCCCAUCAGUUAACCGCCAUCGAACUCGAACGUCUCUCUCAUAUAGGUCCAGAGGAGUUUGUACAGGCUUUCGCCAAAGAAUAUCAUAAUGCAAUGGCGACUACUAAUACUGCAACAAUAUCGAAUAAACAGCAGUCAGCAACGGACUCUACCCAGCUAAUGAGUUGCUCUUCCUUAAAUGAUAUGAAAAAAACGAGAAAUCUAGAAUCCUAUGUGGAAUGGUUUAAUCGCUUAAGCUAUUUAACAGCCAGUGAGAUUGUUAAGUAUCCUAAAAAGAAGCAACGUGUACGUAUUAUAGAAUAUUGGAUUGAAACGGCCCGUGAAUGUUUCAACAUUGGCAACUUUAAUAGUCUGAUGGCGAUAAUAGCUGGUCUAAAUUUAUCGCCGAUCUCUCGACUAAAGAAAACCUGGUCGAAAGUUCAAUCAGCCAAAUUUUCAGUGUUGGAGCAUCAAAUGGAUCCCACAUCAAAUUUCAAUAGCUAUCGCUCGACGUUGAAAGCGGCAAUGUGGCGCUCCGAAGGUGCCACCGAAGAACGCGAACGCAUAAUCAUUCCAUUUUUUAGUUUAUUUGUAAAAGAUUUAUACUUUCUCAACGAAGGAUGCUCGAAUAGGAAAAACAUUCUUUUUCCCAGACUACCUAAUAAUCAUAUCAAUUUUGAGAAAUGCUCUCAAUUGGCCAAACAAGUGAUGGAAUUUAAUGAAUGGAAGAAAGUUAAGUGUCCCUUCGAAAAGCUGCCUCAUGUUAUUGCAUAUUUACAAAACAGUCUGGUUUUAAAUGAAAACACCUUGUCUAUGUCUUCAUUUGAAUGCGAACCACCCGAGAAUACAGAGGAGAAAGAUCGAUAUAAAACGGUGAAAGCUGAAACAAAACAGCAGCUUCUACAGCAAUUGCAGGAACAACAGUUACAACAACAACAGCAACAGCAGCAGUAACACUAGUUGACGCGUUUCGAGCAAUAAGAAUGAAUUUGACAUCAAAAGAGCACAAGCCGUGUAAGGUAUAAAAAGAAAAAAGCAAUAUUACUAUUGAACACCUACCUACUGGCUUAAAUCCUUGUACUAAUAGUCAGUGUGUAAAAAGUAUUCGGAAAUGUACGAUUAACUCAAAAAACAGCUUUAAACAUAUUGAGUAAAACAUUACGCUCUAAUCUCUGGUCCUCGCCAAAAUGUAUGCAGGUAUAGGCCAACGUUAUUAGUAACGUUAGUAUUUCGAACACCCACCAACAACCGAAUGGAAAGCCGGACAUAAGGAAACCGCAGUCAGAGUCUCAAUAGUAUAUAUACACCUUACUUGGUUUAAUUCUUUACUGGCAUUUUAAAUUCUCUGUGAGUGCAUACGAUUUCUGUGGCAGAUAAUUGUCAAUAAACCUCACAUCGACAUUGGUAAGAUGAUUGCAUUCAAAAACUCAAUAUGUUUACCGGAAAUUUUAUCACAAGUUUCUAGCUCUGUUCUUGUCCGUUACGUCCUUCUUUUUUCUUCCUCCCCUAUACUUUUGUGCCCAUUAUGUAUAUAUACACUCAGUUACAAAGAAAAUUACACUCAUUUAAAAAACAAGCUUGCCAUACGAUAUCUUUUUUAAGAAUGUUUUUUUUUUACAAAGAAAUACAACUAAUUAAAAAAAAAAAAAAAUUUAUUUAAAAAGGUAUUAUAAA